UGCUUCACCUGUAUCUUGCUGUGUGGUUGUGUGUAGAUGCCAUCAGACAUCCGAUAUGUGGUAAAUUGACUUCCAGUAUACUUUUUACUGACAAGAAAUAACAAACUAUAGUCUCUAUCGCCAAAUCUGUUGCUCACGCCCCUCUAACUGACCUAUCCCAGCCCUUCCCUCCUCCGACUUCAUUUCCCACAAUGCCAUUGCGCUCGCCCUUGUCAAACCUCACUGUGGUCUAGCUAACGUUAACUGCUGCUGCUGUUCGUUGACAGGAGUAGUAACGGCAGAAAUACAGCAGCAUGGAUGGACGAUGCCAGUCACUUGAAGUCACUGUAGAGCUUAUGAAUUAGAGACAUGUGUGGAAUGCAUUGCCUUCACCGUUAGGAAACGUUUUCAUCAAGACUGAAGAUUAUUGCUGGUAUUUUCACAAGGCUGUCGACGAGAGUUAACAUUAAUGUUAGAGUAGCGGUAAGCUAACAGCUAGCUAACGUUACUUAACCUGCUAUUUGGCUAACUUGGAAACAUUCAGAAGAGCCUGCUAACGACCAGAAAUAACGCACCAAGGGGGAUAUCGGGGCACUGGAAAUCUUCGGGCUGAUCUCAUAUUUUUUAAGCUCUCGGUGCCUGGUGUUGCUGCUUCGCCCAGUGGUUGAGUUCAUGAGCACGCUCAGUAACAGCCGUGCAUAAUCCUCGGGGAUGGGGAGUGGAGUCCAGGAACAGCAGGCAUCACUCACGCCGGCAGAAGUGCUGCCGCGGGUCAAUCAAACUAGUCAAUCAGAAGGCCUGAAGCACACCCGGUCUGUCAUCAACUCGCUCUUCUCAGGGGCUUUAGCAGGAGCUGUGGCCAAGACAGCUGUCGCCCCAUUGGACAGGACUAAAAUCAUCUUCCAAGUGUCUUCAGCAAGAUUCUCUGCCAAGGAGGCCUAUAGGUUGAUCUACCGUACCUACCUUAAGGAUGGCUUCUUCAGUCUGUGGAGGGGGAACUCUGCCACUAUGGUGCGAGUCAUCCCAUAUGCUGCCAUCCAGUUCUGUGCACACGAACAAUACAAGCGGCUGCUGGGAGGCUAUUAUGGCUUUCAGGGAAAAGCCCUCCCUCCAUUUCCAAGGUUGCUGGCAGGGUCUAUGGCUGGUAUCACAGCAGCCAUGCUGACCUAUCCACUGGACAUGGUGCGAGCUAGGAUGGCUGUAACACCAAAGGAAAUGUACAGUAACAUUCUGCAUGUGUUUGUACGGAUAUCCCGAGAAGAGGGCCUGAAGACGCUGUAUCGAGGUUUUACUCCCACCAUCCUUGGUGUCAUGCCCUACGCUGGUCUCAGUUUCUUUACCUAUGAGUCGCUGAAGAAAGUACAUGCAGAACGCAGUGGCCGCCCACAGCCCUACUCAUAUGAACGUCUGGCGUUCGGAGCCUGCGCGGGUCUUAUCGGCCAAUCAGCGUCUUACCCUCUGGAUGUGGUGCGACGCCGCAUGCAGACUGCAGGAGUCACAGGUCACACAUACGGCACCAUCCUUGGCACCAUGAGGGAGAUUGUGUCGGAGGAGGGGGUUAUCCGUGGACUCUAUAAAGGCCUCAGUAUGAACUGGGUCAAAGGGCCAAUUGCAGUGGGGAUCAGCUUCACCACCUUCGACCUUACUCAGAUCCUCCUGAGGAAGCUGCAUCAGAUGGGCUAUACGACUCGAUAAUGGCGAUGCAGGGAGAUGGAAAACAGGGAUAGUGGGAUGAUGAGAUCCCCACGCAUCCUCUGAAGAGAAACAAAGGACAUGAGUGAGUGAAAAGUAUGUUUUGCUGGAUAGAAGCAAACACACACUGGCUCAGGAGGUAUGGAUUAUAUUCUCUCACUGUAUCUGUGUGCAAUGGGGGAUGUGCAGUCCCUGUGGGUGUGAGGUAUGCGGGAUGGUACCAAGUACCUGUACAAACUCUACAUCUAAGUGCAAUAUACUCAGUGACUUUAUGUGUGUAGGUAUAAAUUAUAAUACUCCAGCCCUCGUGGACCAUGUUUUUGUCAAUCAGAGAGUUUAGAGGUUCACACACACAUCUUCCUUUUGUACACAAAAAACUGACACCUUCCAAUGUGAUGCAGGCUGCCAUUCAUGGACUUUUAAGAUGGAUUUGAUUCAUUAGAAGUAGAAAUAUGCCCCCCCCCCCAAAUUUGUUUUGAUGUGAGUGACUUUGUUUUAAGGAAUUAUACCAAAGGUUAGGAUAUGAGCUAGUUGCAGAUUAUAUGAUGUUAAUGGUGUUUUGUAUAUUAAAGCACAAGAGUUCUUGGAGCAAAAAUCUUGCCCAGCACAGAGGUAACAGUAUUGUUUCUGCUGGUUUCAGAUGGUUUGUUUGAGUUGUUCAAAACCACUGUGAGUUCAGCAUCUUUUCUUGGAGCUCCUAAACGUUGAAUUCUUAGACUUUUAUUUGUAAUUUAGCUACCAUGCUGAUGGCUAACAGAUGAGUUAUAUGCCUGUGCCCACAGAUAUGAAGUAUAAAAAGAGCCUGUAUUGUUUUGUUUCUUUUAACUAUAGUCAUUUCACAGGCUUUUUAAGAUACUGUUAGUCGCGAUAGUUUUGUCGUAUUGCUACAGGUGAUUAGACAGAUUCUGUGGUACGUGAGCGUACUUGUGACAGUUCCAGUUUAAACUCCCAUUGCCAGUUCAGUCCAUGUAACGCACAUUAAGGAAUUUUCCAAAUACGAGAUGUUAUACAAUGAUCUAACAGUUCAGUGGGAACACCUGCACAGUCUCACGUAAUCCAAUGCAACAGCCCUGCAGUGAAUACUACCUUAAUAAAGUUUACAGUGUUGUUGGCACCGUGUGAAAGGUGUUACUUUAUAACUCCCUUAAUCUUUUGGUGGCAUUGUUUUGGAUUACAAUAUAUUGACAGGUGUUUCUAGUUUUCUGUCCACCUCUGGUAUGUCUCUGCUAAGGGACACACCCGCAGUCACACAUACAGUAGCCUGUAUAAAUGUUGUCUUCCAUUUGCUGUUGGUGUGGCAGCUGCAGCGUAUUUUGUUAAAAACUUGGCAGUACACCAGCUGAGAAUUUGACACAGCUAUUAACUUGACUUUUUGUUAAAUACUCACACUGUAGAGCCGUACGAGUGUUUGAUAAUGGACUAGCUUGACUGGAAAUAUGCACACAUUUAGUGGAGAGGUCAUUUGAUUUCUCUGUUACAGACAUAAUUUAGUACUUUUAAGUGUUCUCAGUAUUGUGCUUUGACCUCAGCAUGUCAUCAAAUAUUCAUAAAAAUAAUCGCAUAUCAGUGUUUUAUGUGGACUGAUGUCAAAUAUGGGGCUAAGCGUUCUGUUUCAUUUGACCAUAUAUGAGACAGUUUCAACAGUAUAGAUGCAGACUUACCGUUGUCCAAGAGUGUCAAUAGUUUCUAUACUUAGGCCAUACAUAGUGAGGCACAGAGUGUGAGCCAGGCGAGCAGCUCAGUGCUGAGCCAAGUGGAACAGAGGUCAGGAUAGUGGCACCCUUACCAGAACGAAGCAGAAAGUUUUCUCUGUGAAGCUGAGGUCAGGAUCUCAACUGAGAUUCAACAAAAGAAACUCCAAAAACAAAACUCUCUGCAUUUUUUUGGAUUAACAAAACCUAAACUGCUGUUGUUUGUUAUUGUUUAAUCCAUACAUUAUUUGAAUUGUUAUUGGAAAAAAUGUCAUAGUUAGAAUAAUAUCUAAAUGUUGCUUGCAUGUUCUGACCAGCAAACAAACAAAAUGAAAUAUUCAUUGUACGUUUUGCAGAAAAGCAGUCUCUGAUCAAAUGUUUUGAGUUUUGUUACCAAGUUGUCAUAAUUUGAACUGAUACAUUCUUUUGUCCAUUAACUCAUCAAUCUAUUGACAGAUUAUUUCUGUUCUCGGACUCUAGGACAUUUUAAGUGUACUGAUGCUAAUGAUGGCACAAUACAUUUGUUUUCACGCCAAUAUACAUUUUUUUUGAUAACUUAGUUUAAGGAAUGUAAACUUUUAAUCUGCAAACCUUUUUUCAUUAAACAAAAGAGGCCAGUCUUAUCAAAGCAGCAUCCAAAAACUUUAAUAAUAAAAUAAAAUUGUCUAAAGUUGUUAGAACUAAGAUUUUAAAUCAAAAGCUGUCCAGCAAGAGAAUUGGUAAAGAAGAGUACAAAUCUGAGAAAACAUUUGUUGUUGGACACGUUUCAGUAUGUACCAAAAAACGUACUUAGACUUUAUACCAGCCCUAUCCAGUAGGCUGCUGAACUUUACCCCUCUUUUGUUAAGCUCUUCCCCUGACAGCCUUUGUCUCACCAUCAUCAUCCUUUUUUUUUUUUUGACUGUUCAUGAGUGCUGUGGUUGUUUUCCUCAUUGUGCAGUGAACCACUCUGGUGACACACACCUAAUCAUGACAAACAGGAAAUGAUUGAUCCUCUCAGGUUAAUACCAGAACAGUAGGUGCAAGUUUGGUCUUUUAGUGUGGGUGUGUUAUCUUUACCCCUUGCCUUAGGUCGCAGGAGGGAGUCAAGGUGUAGCUGAGUUUAGACCAACGACAACUUGAAACCUCCACAUGUUCUGAGCUCAAACGUGCAAAGCAGUAGAAAGUAGAUAGAUAGAUAGAUAGAUAGACUGAUAAUUUAUUGAUCCCAAGGGAAACUAAAAGUAUACGGUAACUGAAAGUAUGGUGAGGGAUAAUUUCUGUCUCUAAAGUGCCUAACAAGGAAUAGUAACAUUUAUACUAUGACUUAGCUAAUUCUACUAACCUUUUCGAAGGUUGCUUCCAUUUUCUAGCCUUGCUUUGGUCUUGAAGUUGCAGAUGUUUAAGGGACAGCAGAUGGUUUGAAGGUGGCUUGAAGUUUUGAAGUGAUUCUUAGGUCUCUGUCACUGAAUGUAUUACUUCAGGUCCCGUUUUUGUAUGUGAAUUUUGUAAAACUUAAAAACUGCCUUGUAGGGUACUUGCUGAUCCUUGGCUCCGUGACCAAUCCAUUCCAUCCAGUCUCGGACUAAUUUGAGGAAUGUAAGAAAAAUUUAAAAGAAAAUUUGAUUCAUUAAGUUGGAAGAAUGUUAGGAGUCCUGCAGUGUUAUCAUCUCCCUGUUGAUCUACUUAUAGAUUAAAUGAGAUGGGUGAAUACAUGAUGAGUACAAUAGUUGGGACUGAAAACAAGUUUUGAAAAACCCCAGACAAUCAUGAAAUGCCAAACAGUUAAAUUUUUUUGUUUCAAAAGAAAAGUAAUUUUUUUGUGUUGAGAACCCGACAGUGGCUUAAUGAGGAGGGAUAAUGAAACACUAUGGCAACACACUGGUAUAAGAUGUGAUUCUAUUUGCUGUUGCGAAGGCAGAUUCAGUUGUUUUAACCCCAUUUGUGGGUAAUCCUACAUAGAUGUGCAGACAUACAAUGCUACUGUGUAUGCAUGUUUAAAAAAAGACCAUCCUGAAUUGUUGUGUUUCAGUGCUGCAGUGAUGCAAUGGCUGUUUUGUAAAUCCUAGUGAUUUGUGCCAACUGAAUGUAAACCUACUAAUACCACACCCAGUGUCCAGUCUCUCGUGAUAAUGGUGUAUAUGUAGGAAAGUUUUGAAAUAUCAAAUUUUCAAAUAAAACUGGAUGUUGACAACA